AUCAGCUGUUGGUGACGUUUAUUUUUAGCGGCAACAAAAAUUGAAAAUAAAACGGUGUUGGAUUGAACGCUUAUAUUUCCUUAAUAAUGGACGAAAUUUCGCUUUUAAUCCGCGGAGAGGAGUUUAUAGUAAAAAAAGAGAUAUUGUGUGAAUAUAGUGAUUAUUUUAAGGCAAUGUUCAGUGGAAAUUAUAUAGAAAAAGAGAAAAGCCAAAUUGUUAUAAAUGUCUUACAGCCAAAUAUAAUGCAAAUUAUUCUUCAAUAUAUGAACAUUGGUUUAAUGGAUUUAUCAGAGCAUUCUCAUCAAAUAAUUGGUGAAAUAGCAAUGGCUGCUAAUUUCCUGCAAAUAUCGGAACUUAUAAAACAAAUUGAAUAUAUGUUGGAUAUACAAUUAUCUGUUACCAACUGGAUUGAUACAAUGACGAUUGCUGAAAACGCUUCUUAUAUGAAACUGGAAGAACAUUCAGUUGCAUUUGGUCUAUUUUCAUUCAAAUCAAUGAAGCCUAGCUACAUAUCGUCUAUAAGAAAAUUGUUUUGGUACCUUUCUCAUCCAUACUUAGAUGCGGAAUGUGAACUAGAUGUGUUUAAAUUUGGUCUAGAUUGGGUAUUGAAUAAUGAAACUGGAGCUGAUGCUAUCAUUAUUGUACUGGGUUGCUUAGACUUAACUAAGUUAUCACUUAAUGAUUUAUUAGAGAUGAAAUCAUUAAUAACUGUUUAUAACAGCAGCUUGCCUGCCAAAGUUAUUGAUUGUUUGGUCAUGCUACAUAAAAAAUGUGGGAAAAUAUUACCACAGAUAUCAGAACAAAUGGAAUUAUGUGAAACAUUUACUAGAAGAGUUUAUGAUGAAGUGUGUAAUUUGGUUAAAGAAAUUAAGCAGCGUAAACUAAAGUUUACAAUAUCUUUACCGAUGACAAUCAAACAACCAUUAGCAGAUGAAUCUCCACAUUAUAUGUACACAUAUACUUUAGGGGAAGGUUUUCAUAAGUGGUUGGAAUUAGUUGAAAAAAAUUUAUGGGGAUGGAAUGUAGUAUCAUAUAAUGGUACAAAACUUAUUAUAGUCGGUGGGGAAUAUGGCAAAGGUACUGGUACAUUUAUGAGAGAUGUCAAAGAGUAUGACACAUUGAGAAAAGAAUGGAAUAGACAUGGAGUUCAAUUGCCACAGAGGAGACAUGGGAGUGUUGCCGUUUUGGGAGACUGUUUAUACAUUAUAGGAGGUGUAGGUGGGUUUAGGGUAGUGUUAGAUACAGCAGUAAUAUAUAAUAUGAGAGAGAAAACUUUCAGGAGUAUAGCAAAACUUCCAGAUGCGAUACAGAAUCCAGCAAUUUGUUGUCAUGAUAAUCAAAUAUAUAUAGCGAGUCACAAACAUAUAUACAGACAUGUGGAGACCGAUGAUAAAGAUGAAUGGGAAUUAGUAGCUAGAGUUAGUUUCCGAGUUAAAUGUAUGGUGUCCCACAAAGGGUACAUUUACUGCACACAAAGUUAUUAUAAUGAACUCUACCGGUUUCGACCAUUUGUUGACAGUGAAUUACAAUCUCUUUCUAGUUUUUAUUCUAUACCUACAGUUUUAUGUACUUUAGACGGACGACUGUUAGCAUUCACUGAAAAUAAUAAACUCUUCAAAAAUAAUGAUGUUUUAUCCCUAGAAGAAUAUACGGAAACCGCAGAUUGUCCUGAAGUACUGGACACACGGACAGACACACAGAUGACAAUAAAUGAAACAGCAGGUUACUGUGCCUUGGUUAUGGAUAUACCACCAUUAUGUAAAUCUGUGUCGCCAUAUCAUAUGCAAUAUUUAAAUAAAUACCCUGAUUGAAUUGUAGUCUAAAGUUUUGUA